AUUAACACUGGAGCCUGAGAGAGAUGAGACAUACUACCCAGGAGAGCUGGGGAACAAGGCUGCUGCAGAACAAAUGUUUUCAGGACUGAACUUGUGCACGUUGAACAUGCUUAAGAAGGAGCGACGUGAAGCAGAAAUAUCAAGACAUCUGAUGAUUCCUGGGUAGCUGUUGACAACAUGGAAAUAUUGUGAUUUUUCUUUUUUCUUUUUUUGCCAGAGGGAUGAAUGACAUCAUCGCUUUUGUUAAAUUGAAGGGUGACAUGAGCCGGCCUGGAAUGGUCUCGUUUUCACACAACUGUUGUCAGUAGUGGGAACCUCAAUAGAUAGCACUUUUUCCCGGAGACACACCAGACUGCAGUCAUGUCAAACUCUCAGGAGCAGAGCCUUGAUGAGAACGCAGUGUUCCUCCCAGUCAAUGAGUCCUCCCCAGAGUUCAUCUACUGUGAGAAGGAGCGACAAGCGGUGGAGACACUCCUGAAUUCAGGACCAGAGGCGUUCUACAGCUCCAGUAGCGCAGAGCAACCCGGCAGCUUCUUGUCUUCUGAAGAGGUCAGCCAGAUAACCAGCUGGGCCCAGGACUAUCGCUCUAACCAGCUGCAGGUACAGCGGGAGGAGAAUGGAGUGGAAGGCAGCUCAGAGAUGGAGGACUUCUGUUCCACCUAUUUCCCUUGCCACUCAGACAUACCAACCCCAGACCUAGACCUUGGCUGGCCUGAAAAAGGCCCCUGGGUUCCAAAGGGAAGCGUAACAGUCCACACCAGUCCCCCAGCUGAAGGAGAACCUCCUGUCAGAGAGAUAAUACGACGGCACUUACAAAAGGCCAGGAAAGUAAUUGCCAUUGUGACAGACAGGCUGACAGAUGGUGCAAUAAUUGGCGAUUUACACUACGCUGCCUCCCAUGGUGUCGCUGUCUACAUCAUCCUGAACCAAAGAUCCAUUCAGGAGAAUUUCACUCUCAACAGGCUCAGGCAUCCGAACAUGCGGGUCCGUGUUCUUGGAGGGAAAACCUUCUGUUCGAGGACGGGAAGAACGGUGGUCGGGGAAAUGAAAGACAAGUUCCUUCUAGUGGAUUUAGAGACAGUGAUUCAUGGCAGCUAUAGCCUCACAUGGACGGACGCCCACCUGCACCGGCAGCUGAUCACUGUUCUUCGCGGAACAAUUGUUGACUCAUUUGAUAGAGAGUUCAGGAUCCUUUUUGCUGCUUCGCUCCCAGUCCCAGACACAUGGAGGGUUGCAGGUACCCACGUAGAAGUGACUCAUCAGCUGAAAGACUUCUCAGGUCUCCGCUUCCAAAAACAACUCUCUUUGGAGCUUGAGGUUUUCAGCCCCCCGUCUCCACCUGCUGAUUCCCUCCUGGACUGGGAAGCCAUGGGUGUUGUCCAGAGAGACAGCUGUUUCAGUCCUCUUAAUCAACAUGGGGAAAUGCCACUGAAGAAUAACAUACUGUUUGAUAAAAAAGCUACUAUUAUGGACACCUUUGCCGACAAUGGAAACCAAUUUGUGAAUAAAAAAAGGGUAUAUGAAAACACCUCUCCAGUGACAAACCAUGUGCCAGAUAAAUCUACAACCUUCGACAAGACACAGCCCUUACCAAAACACCAGACAGCUCCAGAAAUAAUGAAGAGCGUGGAAUACAUAUUAGAAAAGACAAUGUCCAGGCAGCUCUCCGCAGAGAGGAGCACCAAUUUUGAUGACAGAACAACAUCAAGACUUGACAAUAAAACAGCAGAAGCAACAUACAAUUUGGUCAGUCCUUCUAAUACAAAGACAAGAGAGCAAUUAAGGAGGGAGUCCAUCUUGGAGGAGAAGAGCAGCAUGGAUAAAACUAGCCCCAAAGUGGAGAACACACCCUCUUCUAGAAAACCUAUAAUCCUGAGGGUGCCGCAGUCUGAGAGCUUCAGCUCUGUGAGUGACAUCAUGAAGAGGAUUCAGUCUCAGCAGAGCACGUCAAGACCGACCAAGAAAGGAUCAAAUGCCAUGUCAGAAGUUAGCCGGUCCAUGAUGGACCUGAGCAUAUACAACACAGAUACAAGUGAUGACAGAGUCCCAGUGCCAAGGUUUAAAGCCAGUUGCUUUGACCCGGGUCAGAUGACGCCUGCUGUUGCUCUGAUGAAGAAUAGGAACAAUGAACAAUCUUUAUUCAACAGAACUCCUAUAAACCUUCUGCCCCAAGACAGGCCCCGCAGUUCCAGUUAUGGUCUCAGGUUGGACUGGAGGAGGUCGCUGGCAGAGAGAGAAGGGGAACAAUAAUGAAGAGAGAGGACAAAAAUACAUGAGCAGGAUCUUCUGUAACAACAUGGCAGCUGCCAGCAGUGGACCUUUGCAGUGUUAAUUACCCCAAAUAAUCCAAAAACAGACAGUGACUCUGAUAACAAAACUAUUGUUAAUAUGCAGGAUGUAUAAGUUUUAUCUUUUGGUGCAAUGUCCCACUGAAUCUGAUGACUAGAUCUUUCACUGAAUGCUGUAUAUAGUGCUUUACUUUAUGUUUAAAUAAAUAAAAUCUAUGCUGCUAAUAAUGUACAGCUGAACAGUACUCACAAAGUCAGUUGCAUAUGUGCUACCAAGAAGAAAUUUACUGACUUUUUAAAUGUAUCUUUAAAAUGAUCUGCAGGGUUUGGGUGAGUGCCUGGACUCACAACUUCAGUAUUUCAAUUUAAAAAUGCUGAGAGACAAACUUUAGGCUGGGGAAGUAGAAAUAAGGAAAUGUAGUAUUAAAAGACUGGUGGAGACAGGGGACAAACAGUGAGAGGUUGGGGAAGAUAUUUAUUUUGGUGACUUUUGGAAACAGGAACCUUAUGAAUAUUAACAAUCUUCAUCUUCCUGCACAUUUCACAAACAGAUCAGAUACAUGGGUCCUAACUUAAAACUGUUUUUGUGUUUUUCAUCCACACCAGUGUUGGUACCAUGGGUGGCAAUAUCAGUUGGCUUGUCAGUCCACCACUUUGGUCCAGACUGAAAUAUAUCAAGAACUGUUGGAAGCAAUGACAUGAAAUUUUAAUUAGACAUUCAAGGUCCCCCAGAGGAUGACGCGUAAUGACUAUGUUGAGCCUGUGGCCCUCCUUUUGGCGCCACCAGCAAGUCAAAGUUUUCACUUCUACUGGACAGAUUGGCAUGAAAAUUUUGUACAGAAAACAUAUCUGACUUACGUUAUCUCUCUGACUUUCGCUCUUGUGCCACCAUGAGGUUGACAUUUGUGGCUUUAAAUGAAACAUCUGUUGGAUGGAUGAGAAUUGAAACGUUCAAGCCUCCCUCCCUCAGAAUAGAUUGUAAUCAUUAUGGUGAUCCCCUCACUUUUCAUCUAGUGAGGUCAAAAUUCUAAUUUGACCCUUUGUUUAUGACCAAGAAGCAAAACUAAUGAUAUCCCGAUCAGCCUCCGAUAUACUGUUUGUUAGCAAAUACCUGCACUAAGACAGUGAAGAUGAUGUAAACAUUAUAUCUGCUUAACAUCUGCUUGAAUGCAAACUCUUGUUAAAAUGUUUUCAACAUUGUACAUAGAUUUAUACAUAGAAGGAUUUUCCCUCUCCUUGCUAAUUAAUUGUUACCUAUUUGUCAUUUGUUUGAUUUCACCUGUGCAA